GUACCCUUGAGGGUAAAACCGCCCUGAUCACCGGCGCCGCCAGCGGAAUUGGGUAAGCCAACCCCAACCCCCCACUCCCGCUAUGUGACAGCUCACCUGAUUCCUACACCCUUCUACCCCUCUAGCAAAGCUACCGCCCACAAACUGGACAGUCUAGGCGCUACGUUGAUCUUAUCUGAUAUCAACGAAGAUGCCCUGCAGCAGCUCCAAUCCGAGCUGUCCAGCAGCCCCCGCGCCUCGUACCACAUCUACCGCCUUUGCGACGUCUCCAUCAGCACCGACUGCACCCGACUCACCCAAGCCGUGAAGUCCUCCUUCGAACACCUGGACUUCCUGUUCAACUGCGCGGGGAUCAACCCCACCAAUAUCCCCAUCCUCGAAACCAGCGAGGACUACUUCACCAAGCUGGUGGACGUCAACCUGCGCGGCACCUUCAACAUGUGUCGCGCCUGCGUGCCCCUCAUGCAAGAAGGGUCCGUGAUGGUGAACGUCUCCAGUGUGUGCGGCCUCAAGGGGUACCCGGGGUACUCGGUCUACUGCGCGACCAAGUUCGGGAUCAUCGGGUUCACGAAGGCGCUGGCCGCGGAGCUGGGACCCAAAGGCAUUCGGGUGAAUGCUGUCGCGCCGGGCCACACGGAUACCCCGACGAUGGUGGGGAAUGUGGCUGGCGGGGAUGCGAACGCGCGCAUCGUCAAGGAGGUGCCGUUGGGGCGGUUGGGGGAGCCCCGUGAGGUGGCCGAUGUUGUGGCCUUCUUGUUCAGUGAGGGGGCGUCGUACAUGUCGGGCAGUGUGGUCGAGAUCACCGGGGGCGUGAUUUAGAGGUUUUAUGGCCAAUGUCAACAGUAGAUCUGUUGGAUUGAAUUCUCGGCCUUGACUUUUAAUUGCAUCAAUUGCAUAUGCAUCUGUGUAUGGAGAGACUGUAUGUAUAAGCGAAGUAGAUACAUUCAGAAAUCUUGUCACCAAAUUUCCUUCGAGGUCCACUUGCAUGUGAACCAGCUGAUGAG